AAAGACCAAUACCUUGGCUACAGGAAAACCUUUCUGGGAGAUGCCAUGGAUGUGUUUGAGGCCAGACGAGCAGAAGCUAAGAAGUGGCAGAGCGCGCCACGUGUUACCACAGGACCGACGCCUUUCAGCAACAUACCAAAUGCAGCAGCCGUUGCCAUGGCUGCAACACUUACUCAGCAGCAACAGCCUGCUACAGGGCCACAGCCAUCUCUGGGAGUUAGUUUUGGAACGCCAUUCGGCUCAGGUAUUGGCACUGGCUUGCAAUCAAGUGGCUUAGGUUCUUCAAGCCUUGGAGGAUUUGGAAGCUCUGCCUUUGGAAGUAGUGCCACGGGAGCAUCAUCAUUUGGGUUUGGAGCUACAACUAAACCAUCUGGAAGUCUAAGUGCAGGCUUUGGCAGCUCGACUACAUCUGGGUUUAACUUCAGCAAUCCUGGCAUCACAGCAUCAGCUGGCCUGACGUUCGGGGUGUCUAAUCCUGCGUCUGCAGGCUUUGGGACAGGAGGGCAACUUCUUCAGCUGAAGAAACCUCCAGCUGGAAACAAGCGAGGGAAAAGAUAGGCACCCCUUUUAGGGAAGGGGAAGUGAAUCAACUUUGUUCAUCUGAGAAGUCUAUUUUUCUAGAUUGAUGCAUUAAUUAAAUUGCAUCCCAGGAGAUUUAUAAAAAUUUUGCUACUUUUCCCUAGUCUGAAAUACAAAAUGAAAUCAUAUUGAACAGCUAUUUUCUUGUGAAUAGAAAUGCGUUUAUGUAUUUUUAUUUUUGGCCCUGGUUUUAGAACUGUUCUAUACUGCAUUACUAUUAAAGAAUCUUGUAAAACCAUCUAUGAUGUUAGUAGCAGAAUAUUUUUUGUUAAUAAGCUUUAUACCAUAUGAAUAUAUGCAUAUUUGGUUUUUGUACAGAUAAAAUAUAUUCUAGUACAAAUACUAGAGUUCAUAUCUUCUGUUCCUGGAUAUGGCCUUUAAAUCUACUUCAGGGUGUUUCUGUGUAUAUGGAUGUAAAUAUAUACAGUACAGUGCACACAUAUGUGUGUACGUAUGUGUAUAUAUAUGUAUAAAAUACAGAUGUGCAAACCUUGCCCC